UACUGGUGGCAUCCGAACUCGAGCAGUAUCGGUUUCAGUGGGCGUAAUGUGAGCUCAAUAGCCCUGCCGUGACGUAAGGACUGAAUCUAUCACGCAUGCGCAGUGCGGCGUGUGCGCUCAGGGAGAUACGAGAGACGGCACGGCAGGUACAGCGAACACCAGCACACCUGUACCUACAGACAGGCACAAUGUCCGGAUUUGACAACAACCCCUUUGCCGAGCCAGUGGAGGUCAAUCCUUUUCAGGAUCCAUCAGUAACUCAGGUGACCGACACUUCUGCUGAUGGAAUAGGAGAGUUUAACCCCUUCACUGCCAGUUCUCUGGACGGCCGCACCAUUCCCAUCACAACCACCCAACCAGCCGUCCUACAGACAACAGUAGAGUCCAGUCCACAGGCCAGUGUAGCUGCAGGACAAGCUGAACUUCUCCGUCAGCAAGCGGAGCUGGAAAAGAAGGCCGCGGAGCUGGAGCGCAAAGAGCAAGAGCUUCGAGAUCGAGAUACUUCACAAGGUAAACAAAACAACUGGCCUCCAUUGCCAAGGUUCUUCCCGAUAAAGCCAUGCUUCUAUCAGGACUUCAAUGAAGAAAUCCCUGUGGAUUUUCAGAGGGUUUGCAAGAUGAUGUACUACCUCUGGAUGUACCACAGCGUGACGCUGUUCCUCAACCUGCUGGCCUGUCUGGCUUACUUCACCGUAUAUCCUCAAAAUGGAGUGGACUUCGGACUGUCAAUCCUCUGGUUUAUUCUGUUCACUCCUGGCGCUUUCCUCUGCUGGUACCGACCCGUUUACAAGGCCUUCAGAUCUGACAGCUCCUUCAGUUUCUUCUUUUUCUUCUUCAUUUUCUCAUUCCAAGUGAUAGUGUACAUCAUUCAGAGUGUUGGGAUCCCCAGCUGGGGAAACAGUGGCUGGAUCACAGCCAUCGCUGCGUUCGGGACAAACAUCGCUGUGUCAGUGUUCAUGAUGGUAGUGGCGGGAUUCUUCACUGCUAACGCUGUGCUCUCGGUCAUCUUGCUGAAAAUGGUUCACUCUAUGUACAGGCGAACGGGUGCGAGCUUCCAGAAAGCCCAGGAGGAGUUUUCUCAGGGGGUGGUUACUAACCGAACCUUCCAGAGCGCCGCAGCUACGGCGGCUUCUUCGGCUGUACGCGGAACUUUGCACUAGCAUCCCCAAACACUGAAGACCCUCAAUACUUCACCAAUGCACGAGUUUCACAGAACAGUCGGCUUUUGUGGCUUCCUUAAACUUUCCACGCAGAAGGUUUAUCUGGUGCAAUAUAAUGAUUGUGUUACUGAAAAUGAAGAUUUACCUGUCUGUCCAUCUGUGAGGCUGACACUACGAUUACAGAUUUUACAUGAAGUUGGUUACUUUAUAGUUAAAUUCGUGUUUCAAAGGCACGAUUUCUGAUAUAAAUGUAUAAAGUUGAAUAAUUGUAGUUUUUGUCUCUUCUGUAUGUAUUUGUGGUGAAGAUUGUUUUUGGUACCGUAGUUACAUGUCAUUAUUGGUAAUAGUUUUGUUUCCUAACAGAAGCUUAGCAUUUGGUGGCCUUGCUUUAUUAGUUACAAAAAGUAUUUAGAACGAUUCUUCUGAUUGAACAAUAGUACUGUUGUGCUGAAAUAUAUGUUUGCUUCUUCAUGUUACAGUCUUGUUAUAUUGAUGUGCUGGUAUUGCAGUGUUCUUAACUAUGAACAAAAAUUGUACAUAUUUAUAAACUGAGAUUUUAUUUCGUCGUGGCAGAUUUGGUUGGACUGCUCAUGUUUUACAAUUUAUUGAAUAAAACAGAUUCUGGGUA